CAGGGGUUAAGCAGCUGGAAGGGGGCAGAACAACUCAAGCACUGGGUUAUACCAUUGCACCGGCUACAGAGGGGGGGGGGAGGAAAUCUGUUGUUCUUGGGAAUGUGAUUGUUUCUCUGCCCUGUAACACCGGAAGAUGUUUUAUUAAAGGGAAGCGGAUGGUUAGGAGUAUAUGGGAGGCUGAGCUGUGUCUCUGGUGGGCAGAUUUGCUGAGGGGAAAUAUAUUGGGCUUUCCCUGUGACAGAUGGAAGGGCUGGUGUAGAGGCUGCAGAGCUCAGUCUGCUGAGAGGAGGAGAUGCCAGCUGAUCUUCGGAAGAGAAAAAAAGACCUUACCGCCAGCAAUGAUGCCCCACAGGAAGCUGAAAAAGAAAACAAGAAAGAAAAGCCUAACUCCUGCAGGUAUAAAUUCCUUUGGAAACUGCUCCUGGGGCUGCUGCUGAUCGCUCUGAUCUUUGGUAUUAAGUUUUAUAGAGAUAAUGAGCUGGUGAGACAGCAGGAGGCAGCACUGAGGACUUUAGGGGCAGAGGGCCUCUUUCUUUUCUCCUCGCUGGACACCGACCAGGACCUGUAUAUAAGCCCUGAAGAAUUUAAGCCUAUCGCUGAGAAACUCACAGGGAUUUCCACCGGCUCCGACUAUGAAGAGGAAGAGCUUCUCGAUACAAACGGAGAGACUUUGUCUGUGGUUUCACGUUUUCAGCCUUUGGUCAUGGAGACCAUGACAAAGAGCAAAGAUGGGUUCUUGGGUAUCACUCACAGCGCUCUCUCUGGACUUCGGAACUGGACGACGGCCGUGGUGCCCAGUAAUGUCUUUUAUGCUGGACAAUUCAAGGCGUUCCUCCCACCAAAGAACAAGUUAGAAGUGGGAAAUCCUUGGUGGAUUAUUCCUAGCGAGUUAAGCAUAUUUACAGGGUACCUACCUAAUAACAGAAUUUAUCCCCCGCCUCCCAAAGGAAAGGAGGUGAUCAUCCAUAAACUUCUGUCCAUGUUUCAUCCACGUCCUUUUAUAAAAACAAGGUUUGCCCCUCAAGGCUCCAUAGCGUGCAUUCGGGCCAUCAGCGAUUUUUACUAUGAUAUCGUUUUCCGUAUUCAUGCAGAGUUUCAGCUUAACGAACCUCCGAAUUUUCCUUUUUGGUUCUCCCCUGGUCAGUUCGCUGGCAAUAUUAUCAUCUCAAAAGACGCUGCUCACGUCAGACACUUUAAACUUUUUGUCCCUAACAACCGAACGCUGAAUGUUGACAUGGAGUGGUUGUACGGAGCCAGCGAGAGCAGCAAUAUGGAGGUUGACAUUGGUUACCUGCCACAGAUGGAAAUCGAAUCUUUAGGACCCUCCAUCCCAUCCGUGAUCUAUGAUGAGAAUGGGAAUGUCAUGGAAAGCCUGAAUGCGGAAGGAGAGGCUAUAGAGUUUGUGUUCGAAGAUAUAACCUGGCAGUCAGAGAUUACCUUUGAAGAAGCAGCCAAAAAACUUGAGGUCACUAUGUACCCAUUUAAAAAAGUUACUUAUUACCCCUUCCCGGAAGCUUUUGACCGUGCGUUAGCCGAAAAGAAACUUGUGCACUCCGUUUUGCUAUGGGGUGCACUGGAUGAUCAGUCUUGCUGAGGUUCGGGGCGAACUCUCCGGGAGACUGUCCUAGAGAGUUUGCCCAUUCUUGCUUUGCUGAACGAGAGCUUCGUAAGCACUUGGUCAUUAGUGAAGGAGCUUGAGGAGCUGCAAAACAACAAAGACUCGUACGCCACGUUUGCUUCCCUCCAUUUGGAGAAGUAUAACUUUCCCGUGGAGAUGAUGAUUUGCCUUUCCAAUGGAACCGUUGUUCAUCACAUAAAUGCUAAUUAUUUCUUGGACAUUACAUCCCUGAAGCCAGAUGAAGUGGAGAACAACAUGUUUAGCUUAUCUGAUGGAGUGGAGGAUUUGUCCACUGCCACUUACAUAAAGUUCCUAAAGGAAGGGAUGGAGAAGACAAAACCAUUCUUGCAUCCUUAGACGAUGGCACAUUUGUAUAAGCCCAAUUCUUUUCCACGUAUUAAUGAGCUGUAUUUCGUAUAGGGUGUUCAUUUUCUGUAGGACACUUUUUGGAGACUCUAUUCAUUAGCUAUGUUUCAAGAUAUUAUCAUGAUCAUCAUGUGGCUGUGAAGGUUAGCCAAACCCCAGAAAAUAUUUACAAAACCAUGUAGUUGAGGCAUAGGUCUCCUCUAGUUCUCUUAAAGGGUCAACACCUAUUGCUACAAAAUAAUAUUAUGUAUGGAAACUACUGCACGUAUAAUGGAGCACUGGUUACCCUCUGUAGCCAAAAGGAUGCCACAUAGGAGAAGGCUUCCUAAUUAAAGGCUACAUAUGCCCACUGGCAGAGACCAGUGUCUUCAUUUUUUGGAUGGCUUGGUCUCCUCGUUGUGUCUGCCCUAUAACUAAGGCACAAUGGUUUGCAAAUAUUUUCUGAGGUUUUUGGAAACCAAUUUAUUUCUUUUUUUUGCAGCUGCUAUACCUUAAGGCCGGGGUAGGUAAAUGUAACACCUGGUGGUUUCUCUGCCAAUUCAGCUUUACCCCAUAUCUCUCAGCAGUUGGGAAGCAGACCAGAAGAUACUUGGAAGAAGAUUGAUGGUCCAUAGCUUUUUGAUGAGCCAUUAAGGCAGCCUUACACUGUGUAUGUUCUUCAUCUGAUCUGGCCAUGAGCCAAAUGGAAGAAGAGCAUAUGAGGGUUAACACUUAGUAUGGAUUUGGCUCUGCUGCCCCAUGUCUCUCAGCAGUGGGGAAGUAGACCAGAGGAUUGGAUAGACAUGAGAAGGUAGAUGCCCAUAGCUGAAUUUUUGAUGAGCCCUUUAGGCAGCCUUACACCAACUGUAUGUUCUUCAUCUGACUUGGCCAUGAGUCAAAUGGAUGGAGAAUGUAUGAGGGUCAACACACAGUAUGGGCACCUUUCUGUUGAAGCACAUAAAUGAUUGACACAGCAGGAAGCUGCAGCACCUCUUUGCUUCCUUGUGUCAUUUUCAAACCUGUCUUGAUUACCAAACAACACAUGUCCAUACUAUCGGUUGGAAGCAGUGGGCCACCAUACGUGCUCAGAUGAUCGCACAAAGCGAACUGUAUAGUGCAUGUAUAGUCACGUUUAGUAUCUGUCCACUCUGCUUUCCCUUACCUCGGUCCCUGGUAGAAGUAGUACUUUAUACUUUGUAGCAGGGUCGUGUUCUAACCACUAACCGAAACUAAAGCUGCAGGAAAUCGCCUUGCUACAUAUGCUUCUAUAAAUGCUAUACAUAGCAGUGUUAAUAACACACAAUAUUACAGCUCAGUAUUUAAAGGAUAAGUAAACUUCAAAAAUAUGUGAUUGUAAAAUUAAGAAGAAGUUGUCAGGAGAAAGAAAGAGGCUGCUCUGAUGUUCUUCUGCUUAGUAAAGAUUUGAGAAAGGUUUCUUAUUGUUUUCCUAAGCAGAAGAACAUCAGAGCAGCCUCUUUCUUUCUCCUGACAACUUCUUCCUUGACUACUUGGUGGUCAGACUGGUCAGAAAACGACCAGCAGGUGGCGCUGUUGUAACAAAAUUCAUUCAUAUUAACAGCACAUGUAUCCCUUAGGGGCCGAUUCACUAACUUCGAGUGAAGGAUUCGAAGUAAAAAAACUUCGAAUUUCGAAGUGUUUUUUGGGCUACUUCGACCAUCGAAUGGGCUACUUCGACCUUCGACUACGACUUCGAAUCAAGGAUUCAAAGUAAAAAUCGUUCGACUAUUCGACCAUUCGAUAGUCGAAGUACUGUCUCUUUAAAAAAAACUUUGACCCCCUAGUUCGCCAUCUAAAAGCUACCGAACUCAAUGUUAGCCUAUGGGGAAGGUCCCCAUAGGCUUUCCUGGUAUAAAAUAUUUAUAAAUCAUGAAUGAUCGCCAUGUAUUACAAUCACAGAAAUAAUCUAUUACAGGAAGAUAAGUGGCAUAUUUAAAUAGGGAAUAAUUGUUAGAGAACACCCAAAUGUUUCAUGAUCAUAUAGGCAAAAGAUCAGAUAAUUUUCAGGAUAUUCAAGACGUAUUAUUAUGGCUCUAUUUUUAUGCCGAAACCACCACAUGUGCCAUUAACUGAAGAAUCGAUUCAUUCUUGACUGUUUUCAUAUACAGGUAUGGGACCUGUUAUCCAGAAAACUCAGGACCUGGGGGAUUUCUGGAUAACGGAUCUUUCCAUAAUUUAGAUCUAUACCUUAAGUCUACUAGAAAAUCAUGUAAACAUUAAAUAAACCCAAUAGUGAAAUCAUUAUAAUAAUAUAUAUAAUAAUAGGGAAAUCAUUUUAAAAAAUCUGGAACCUUUCCAUAAUAGGAGCUUUCUGGAUAACGAGUUUCCAGAUAACGGUACAGGUAUGGGAUCCUUUAUCCAGAAACCCACUAUCCAUUAUAAUCAAAUAAUCCAAAUUUUAAAUAAUUAUUUUCUUUUUCUGUGUAAUAAUAAAACAGUAACUUGUACUUGAUCCCAACUAAGAUAUAAUUAAUCCUUAUUGGAAGCAAAACCAGCCUAUUGGGUUUAUUUCAUGUUUUUUAGUAGACAAGGUAUAGAUCUAAAUAAUGGAAAGAUCCGUUAUCCAGAAAACCCCCAGGUCCCGAGUAUUCUGGAUAACAGGUCCCAUGCCUGUAUAUGAAAACAGUCAAGAAUGAAUUGAUUCUUCAGUUAAUGGCACAUGUCGUGGUUUCGGCAUAAGAAUAGAGCCAUAAUAAUGCGUCAUGAAUAUCCUGAAAAUAUCUGAUCUUUUGCCUAUAUGAUCAUGAAACAUUUGGGUGGUCUCUAACAAUUAUUCCCUAUUUAAAUAUGCCACUUACUAAUAAUAAAACAGUACUAAGAUAUAAUUAAUCCUUAUUGAAUGCAGAACCAGCCUAUUGGGUUUAUUUACUGUUUAUAUGAUUUUCUAGUAGACUUAAGGUAUGAAGAUUAAAAUUACAUGGAAAGCCCCAGGUCCCGAACAUUCUGGAUAACAGGUCCCAUCCCUGUACUUGCAUUUCUUCUCCUAUAACCCUUAUUAUUUUUGGAUAUCCCUGUACUUUUAUGGGAAACCAUUUCUAAUCCAGAAAUCUUACUGGUCCUUUAAGCAGCACAGUUACAAUAUUUUGUAGGUUGUGGUUUUUUUGUUUUACAUGGUCAUUUUAUUACUUGUGUAUGUUUAUUGCAUAUUCAUUUUUGUCCUUAUAGCUGAAAGGCCAAAGGAGCAGAGUGCCAAAAAUUGUCAAAGAAUUUUUUUUUUUUUAAACAUAUUCGGAUUAUAUUUGUAUUUUUGUAGCAUGGCAGGCAGGAUCUCUUCUAUUUUCAGGACGUCCCUAUUCUCCAUGAAGGUCUGAUCUUAAAGUUACCGGGUUAACGGACCAGACCUGAGGCUUUGGAAUAGGUAUACUCUGAGCGAGAAGAAAUAACUCAAUCCUCUCUGCUCAAAAAAAAUCUUUUUUUCCAAACCUAAAAGCAACAUUUAUAGCCCCACUCCCAGAAUUCCUCUCCCGAUUUUUGCUUUUCUGUAUUUUUAAAGAUAAAAAUGUACUGUUAAAUAUUAAAA